AUGGCCUCCCAAAGGACCAUUGACCCGAGCCAUCUGCUCGUAUUCUCACACUCGGCUGCAACCAGAUCAACAUCGCCACCAAGUAGUAAACUUCGAUCCGACUGCCCCAUGAUCUAUUUGUCAGACUGUCGCAGCGCCGUGUCGCACACCCACAGCCAGCUGUUUCACCCUGUCCCCGGCGCUUUCUUUUUGCAGUUGCCAACAGAUGAAACCGUCUUUUUGGCGGACGCACUCCAUGGUUCGGCAAGCGGCGCCAGAGUGACUAUGACAGGCAGCUCUCAUGUAAACGGUGCACGCACGUUAGACCUUGUCUCAGAUGAGUGCAAAGUACAGCAUGUACAAGAGAGUAUGUACUGCGGUCGCCCUCUCCACAGCCCUCAUUCCACACAGAAUCGAACCUCCAUCAACAUGCAAGGGCGUGCUAUUAUUAGCAGCAGAAACAAACAAUCGAUUCGACGCAGCCAUUGUCUACAGACACGGGUGGUGGUUUCACGAUACAAGGCACAAGUGAGAUAUAAUGUCAAUAUUAAGAAAGGUAAAAGUACAGAGUGGAUUAUAUUUAGAAUGCCUCGAUUCGGUCCCUAA